GCUCGGGUGUGUUCUGCGGGAAAUUUUUUUCAAGAUGGCAGCCUCCAUGGAUGACGUGAAAAAAUUGAUGAAGAGAAAAGACGAAAUUGAAGCAGAAAUAAAAGCUCUUCUAGAGGUUUUAGAUUCGCAAAAGGGGAUUGGAAUGAAUGAGCCUCUGAUAGACACAGAAGGAUAUCCUAGAGCAGACAUUGAUGUGUACACAGUCAGACACACCAGACAUAAAGUCAUUUGUCUUCAAAAUGACCAUAAAGCUGUAAUGAAUGAGAUAGAGGAAGGACUCUACAAAAUCCACGCAGAAGCUCGACUUCAGAAGGAACAAAAUCCAACGGAGGAAAAAUCGGCCACAGUGGAGGAAGCUCACACAAGGUUAUCUCCCUUCCUGACCGUAGACAAAGUGGAUGAAGGAUCGCCUGCAUAUACUUGUGGACUUUGUGUCAAUGACAAAGUGCUGAAGUUUGGAUCUGUAAUGUCACAUAAUUACCAGAAUCUACAAAACAUAGCAACAGUGGUUCAACACAGCAAAGAUAAACCACUCUCCUUGCGGAUACUUAGAGGUGAAAAAGAAUACAACCUGUCCCUAACACCCAGAGCUUGGAGUGGGAGGGGUCUUCUAGGGUAG